CACCAUUCCUGCCCAGCUCACAGAGAUCCAGCUCCCGGGAGCUGCUGGCCCACGAGGCACCCAUGGGUUCGCUGGUGGCCAAGCUCCUCCUGCCCACCCUCAGCUCCUUGGUCUUCCUCCCCACCAUCAGCAUCGCGGCCAAGCGGCGUUUCCACAUGGAAGCCAUGGUUUAUUUCUUCACCAUGUUCUUCGUGGCGUUUUACCACGUUUGUGACGGCCCCGGGUUAUCAGUGCUGUGCUUUAUGCGCUAUGACAUCCUGGAGUACUUCAGCAUCUAUGGAACAGCCCUGUCCAUCUGGGUGUCUCUGAUGGCCCUGGCAGAGUUUGAUGAGCCCAAGAGAUCGACCUUCAUCAUGUUUGGAGUCCUCACCAUCGCUGUGAGGAUCUACCACGACCGCUGGGGCUACGGCGUCUACUCGGGGCCCAUCGGGACGGCCGUGCUGGUGAUCACGGUCAAAUGGCUGCAGAAAAUGAAGGAGAAGAAAGGGCUCUAUCCUGACAAGAGUGUCUACACCCAGCAGAUCGGUCCUGGCUUCUGUUUCGGGGCGCUGGCGCUGAUGCUGAGGUUCUUCUUUGAGGAGUGGGAUUACACCUACGUGCACAGCUUCUACCACUGUGCCUUGGCCAUGGCCCUCGUGCUGCUGCUGCCCAAGGAGAACAAGAAGGCUGGGAGUGCCGGGACCCCCGCCAGGCUGGACUGCUCCACGCUCUGCUGCUGCGUCUGAGCCCCCCGGGCACGCCUGUUCCUGCUCC